CAGCUUCUCCCUCUCGUUCACCCCAAAGCUGCCGCUUUCUCGCGGCCUCCCGCUCGCGCUCGCGCUCGAGCGGUGAGCUUGCGCGCCUCGUCCUGCACCCGGAGGUCUCCUCCGCGGAGGAGGACCAUCAGGAUCCCGAUCAGUUUACCGGCGUCCCUCAGUCCGUACGGUCGCGUCCGUAACUCGCGCCCGAGCCGCCGAAUCGCACGUGCGUCCUCUCGCAGAAAGGGUGAGAGAAGUAUAAAAGGGAGCGGACGAUGUCGGCCUUACCGUCGACCGCCGAGCGUGUCACCGCGACGUCGUCGUCGUCGUCGUCGUCGUCGUCGUCGAACCGAGCCCGAGAUGUGUGAAAGUCCUCCAGGAUUACUGCAGCAGCUGGAUCCAUGAUUGCGUCAAAAUGGUGGAUCGGCAAAAGGCACUACUGAUGGUGUUACUGGCACUGUUGAUUUACCCAAACGACAUCUUCGGAGGCGCUUUUCAGCCCGAAUUUUCCGGCCCUAUCACCAAUCUAACCGUGCCGCUCGGGAGGGACGCCACUUUCACGUGUCUGGUGAAACAUCUAGGAGGCUACAGAGUCGGCUGGGUGAAGGCGGACACGAAGGCGAUCCAGGCGAUACACGACCACGUGAUCACGCACAAUCAGAGGGUGACCGUGUCCCACAGCGACCACACCAUGUGGAACCUUCACAUCAAGGGUGUCCAGAGGGAGGACGGUGGCCUCUACAUGUGUCAGAUCAACACGGAUCCCAUGAAGAGUCAGACAGGUAUGCUGACGAUUGUCGAGCCCCCCGACAUCAUCCCCGAAGGUACUUCCAGCGAUAUGAACGUGGGCGAAGGUGGCCAGGUGAAGUUAACGUGCCGGGCGAGAGGCGUACCCGCGCCGCGCGUAUCCUGGCGCCGGGAAGACGGCAAGAACAUUAUAAUUCGGGAGCAGUCUGCAGUAAGCGGCCAGAACCAGAAGUCUCACGUAUCUAAUGCCAUGACCGAGUACUUUGGCGAGGACCUGAAGAUAACAAAGAUCUCGCGGAACGAGAUGGGAGUUUAUCUGUGCAUCGCCAGUAAUGGCAUCCCGCCCGCGGUCAGCAAACGUAUUUUUAUCAACGUUCAUUUUUCGCCGGUGAUUCACGUGCCCAAUCAGCUGGUCGGCGCGCCUUUGGGAACCGACGUGGUCCUGGAAUGCUUCGUCGAAGCGUCCCCAAAGUCGAUCAACUAUUGGGUCAACGACAAGGGCGCGAUGAUAAUAUCCAGCGUCAGGCACGACGUACAGGCAGUGGCGAAGUCGCAGUUCGAGGUCCGGAUGAUCCUCACCAUCCGGAACCUGCAGAAACACGACGUGGGAACGUACCGGUGCGCGGCCAAAAAUUCCCUCGGCGAUGUCGAGAGCAGUAUUCGAUUAUACGAUAUCGCCGCGCCGGCGAAGACGCAGACAGCGGUGCAGCUGUCGUUCGAAGACGAGGAGGACGAGGUGGUGUACGGCUCGGCGGAGAUAGACAAGAUGGAGAACAGGCCACUGCCGGUGGACAACACGGUGCACGGACACGUGGGCUCAGCGUCGGUCGCCACGCCGUCGUCCGCAAUCCGCGGCGGCAAGAAACGGCCGAUGAUCAACGCGAAAUCGGGCAGCGACCCGUGCCCGCGGCGCUUCUCUGUCGUCUUGUCGUCGCUGGUGUCGCUGAUGGUCGUCUGCCGGAGGUGGUGGUGGUGAGAGGCGAGAAUACGCGAGCCGAGAGCGAAUCUCAAGGAGAGCGGGUCGUGGCACCGAUUUCGGCGACAGCGUAACCACAUUUGGAGAGGCGUGUCACUCAAUCGACACUCGACGACACAAGUUGUUCCGAAGUUGCUUCUGUCGCGGCCUGCUGAGUGAGCUCCGGCAAAGGGAGACACGUCGGCGACGUGCCUCGUCGUUGACCAGGCUGUCGGGUUGACUCUUUUCGAAGGCAGCUCCGGUAAGCUAUUCUUCGAACGCGUGACUCUUUGAUUCCAGUGGCUGAUCAGCGGCGGCGGCAAGUCGCGUGGAACGAAGCACAGGCGUGCAUCUCACGCUCGGCGAAACGCCGUCCUCGCGUAGGAGGCAUGAACGCGAAUUUCGGGCUUCGUUGAGCGCUCAACAACUCGCUCGACAAUACGCGACGGAAGCAGCUUCGGGCAGGCUUAAAAGUCUCCUCACCGUCACCCCCACCACCACCAUCGCUUACGACGACGUAUCGUUGUCCUCGAGCGGCUUAUUCGUAAUCCGUAGACCUAAUCAAUGCCGGAAGCUCGCGGAAGGGAUGAACCAGGUGGGGUCGAAGACGAACAUACGCGACGCGGGGCGUAUCUUGAUCGUUGCGACUUAACGAUUGCAUCAGGGACCGAUCGGUGAGUGCUACGUUAAUUCAAUUCUGAGCUGACGUUCUCAGAUGAGCAGCUUCUCAUGAUUUCGCUCGGUGCUAUUCUUCACAUACUUUAGGCAAUACCCCCGAUUUCCUCAUUUGUACAAAUUUGAUUCAUGUAAACGCGACGUAACCUUAUCUUGCGACGCAUUCGCGCCUGUCGCCGUCUCAUUUGCCGUCUUCUCUCUCUCUCUCUCUCUCUCAGCGGCGAUUAAUAGAAAAAUUAAUGCACGACUGGCUGUCGAGCAAAGCAGCGAAUUUUACGCGACAGACGAUCGAUCCUCUCUGCGCUCGAUCACGCAUUAUCGAAUUAUCAAAUCGAGCGCGAACGCUCGGUCGAUCGAGGUACCUUCGCGCAUGCGCGCGCCGGUGUAUCGGAUAAUACAAAGUAGCGACAAAGGAGCGACCAAAGCACGAGGGAACACGAGAGAAGACAACGAGAAGCAAUAGAGACCGAAGGCCGGAAAAAAGAGAGAGGACACAUCUCACGAAGCGGCGACAGUCGUCGCGCGACGUCCCGCGGCAUUCCCGCCAAUCGGGAAAGCAUAACUCUUCAGUUCCGGCGGCGUGACACACAAAUCUAUGUGCGCGAUGUAUAUAUGUACGUGUAUCAUAUAGCGGGCACGCGCUUGCACGUGUAUAUGUGUGCAUACUGACACGUCAGGGUAACUAACACGUUCGUGCCACUUAAAGCCCUGGAUUAAGAAGGAAGCGCAAGCGUUACCCUCUCUUCAUGCUUUCUAUGGUCGCCAUGUUGGGCCCACAGCUGUUUAGUGGUCUGCUCUUUUUAAUUGCACUGCUGAACUGAUGCGAUAAGUUAGGGUGAGAAAAAAUGUAGUGGUCUCACUUUAACUUACUGCAGCAGUUUAGCAGUGCAGUCCAAAAGAACAGACCACAAAAGCAACCUGCGUGUCUGAUGUAAAGUCAAUCGUAAGUGUCAAUUGUAAGUCACUCAGAAACGCUCUUAUUUUAAUUCCAACGUUGUAAUUAACAUUAAAUAAGAGAUUCUUGAAAUUAUGGAAUAUCAUAUCGAGUUGAGAAAUAC